AUGGAUUGCUGCAGCAGUAGCAGCUACGUAGACUACAGACACCAUUCGAUGAACGGCAACUUCUGCUAUCCGUACUCGCCCAACAUGCUGCGCAGUGCGUCCCCGUACCCGUUGGCCAGCGCCGGCCGAUACGGUGCGGACUAUCGAUCUUCACCGCUCGGCUAUCACCAUCACGGCGGGUACGAUGGGUACGAAAAGUACUACGGCAGCUACCAUCACGCAUCGUCCAGCUACCAGACCGGUUACUAUGGUAACUACCCGUCGUCCUAUCGCGACUAUGGCAGCUACGGGCACUACUACCACCAAUCGCAAUCACCGUACGCACGUGGCGGAAGCUCCGGUGGAGGGGCACCGCCCGGGUAUGGUGCGUCGGCGACCGGCGCUGGCUACCUGUACCCGGGACGCCAUUAUCCAGCUUCCUCCUCCACGCUGGCCCAUCCCUUCGGUGCGCGCGAGUCGUCCUACUAUCAUGCCCAGCGCGAACACCACCAGCAGCAGCAGUAUUCGAGCUUCGCUAGCUACGGCCAUCUACCGCCGUACCGUAACGGUGUGGGCCCCGGCACACACGAGCAUCCUGGUGGAAAAUCCCAUCACCAUCCACAGCAGCCAACGCAUCAGCAACCGUAUCCGCCACAGCAAACCUUCGCCGGAAGUCACAACGAGCGGGGCAUGACCGGCAGUGUGGGGAGUGAAGGUGGCACUACCUCGGCGAGCCAUCCGUCCCCACCGUCGGCGUCGACCUUGUUCAGUGCGCAGAAUGGUUACUCGUCGCCGAGUUCCGAUUACACGCUCCCGACUUCAGCCUACAGCUCGGCGGAUAGCCCCCAGCAUCCCCUGGCAGACGAAGGGGAUGCUCUGACGCCCACCGCAACACCUACACCAUCGACGGCUUUACUCGGUGCAACAGCAGCAGAGUACCCGCACGGCACAAAGGACAACCGUAUGCGAAAGCCCAAAGAGCGCAAACUGCACCGAGCGUACGGUGGUGGCAAUGGAAAUGGCAGUGGCCGUGGUAGCCGUGCCAGUAGCCCUGCUGCAGCGGCGGCGAAUGGGUUGAGCGGGAGCAAUGGUGCAGCUGCAGCGACAAGGAUGAAAUCACUGGAUGCACUUACAAAUUUGUGCUGGCCCGAAGAAGAUCAGUUCUCAGGACGAAUGAGAAAAUACUCAACUGCCAAUGGAUUGAAGUCGAAAGAAGGAAACAACGGUAGAAAGGAAAGCAACGAAUUGGAAACCGCCACAGUAGCGUCCCCUAGCCGUACGACGGGCCCUGGACGACGCACGAAAAAGCAGACACCUACCAGCAGGCAGGCGAAGGAAACGAAAUUAUCCGCCGAAAGCAGGGAGAAGCAAACAAAUCGGUCCACACCGCCAACACCAACGGUGGAAAACAAAAACAUUACACCACUGCCGGGCUUCCAGCAAGCGUUCGGCUCGACGGAAAUUGGCAAGUUCUCCGAGGUAUUCUUCAACAGUAGUCCAACGUCAGCGAACCAUAGUCCUCCACAACACCACCACCAACACCAUCAUAAUCAUCCGCUACAGCUCCAGGACCAUCAGCCCCAAAACCCACAGUCCCAGCAAGUACCUGCCCAGUCGCAUGGCACGAUGCAGCAGCUAGUGAUGGAAUCGCUCAACGCGUACGAAUCCGACGUGGAUACGCUUAGUCCCUGCCAGGCGUGGGAUACCAGUGGUCCCGGUGUUGGUGAUACGUACGAAAAUACCGGAACGACGGGCAGCGGGUACAACCCGCAGAUCGGCACUUCCUUCCAUCCGUCGUACUACGAAUCGUCAUCCUACUCCGACCAUGGCGUCGAUUCGCCGCUGGGCAACUAUUUUAGCGAAAUGACAUGCAACGAGUUUGUGAACUAG